GCAGAAGUAGCCCGAGGCCGGCGCGGGGCACCUCGUCCCGCACUGUUUUGCGCCUGGCUUGAGGCAGCUGGAGCCGAGUUGGCCUGGCCCCUGCGCCCCUGACCGCGGCGGGUGAGGCUGGUUCCGCUGCUCCUGCCUCGGGUUGCGAACCGUCCUCCCCAGAGCCGCCGCCAUCAUGCUGCUGCCCGUGUUCACCCUGAAACUGCGCCAGAAAAUCAACCCCCGCAUGGUGGCCGUAGGGCGCUACGACGGGAUUCACCCGUGCCUGGCGGCCGCCACCCAAGCAGGCAAGGUAGCAGAUGGGGCCAAUGCAAUUGUGUUGGGGACACUGGGAGACAUUUCCUCUCCUCUUGCAAUUAUUGGUGGAAAUUGUGCUUUGCAGGGUUUUGAUCAUGAAGGAAAUGAUCUCUUUUGGACGGUUACUGGAGAUAAUGUUCACUCCUUGGCCUUGUGUGACUUUGAUGGUGAUGGGAAGAAAGAGAUCACUGUAAAUACUGAUGAUAUUGAUUUGGCUGGUGAUAUCAUCCAGUCGAUGGCAUCAUUUUUUGCUAUUGAAGACCUUCAGGUAGAAGCGGAUUUCCCCGUCUACUUUGAGGAAUUACGAAAGGUGUUAGUUAAGGUGGAUGAGUACCAUUCAGUGCAUCAGAAACUCAGUGCAGACAUGGCUGAUAAUUCCAAUCUGAUCCGGAGUUUGCUGGUUGAUGCUCGAAGUGACCGAACUGGGGAGGUCAUCUUUAAAGACAACUUUUCCUCUGCAAUUGCUGGUGUGGUCGAGGGAGAUUACCGGAUGGAUGGCCACGUCCAGUUAAUCUGCUGCUCAGUGGAUGGAGAAAUCCGGGGCUACCUGCCAGGCAUGGCUGAGAUGAGAGGGAACCUCAUGGACACCAGCGUAGAGCAGGACUUGCUCCGAGAGCUGAGUCAGAAAAAACAGAAUCUGCUGCUGGAACUCCGUAACUAUGAGGAAAGUGGGAAGGCCGAUUUGAGCAGUCCACCGAAUGAGGCGGAUGGGCAGCGGGGCGUAAUCCCAGCCAAUACGAAGCUCCGCACUGCCCUCUCAGUCAAUCUGGGAAGCAAGACUCAGCAGGCUCACGCAGAACUGUGCAUUUCUACUUCGAAUGACACCAUCAUCCGAGCGGUACUGAUUUUUGCAGAGGGAAUUUUUGUAGGUGAGAGCCACGUGGUACACCCCAGCGUUCACCACCUUUCCAGCUCCAUCCGCAUCCCCAUCACGCCUCCCAGAGACGUCCCUGUAGAUCUGCACUUGAAAACCUUCGUGGGUUACAGAAGCAGGUGAGCCUUUGUGAGUCACAGGUCAUUUCCAGACAGCGCUUAGAGGAGGGCAAGACUCGUAGAUUUUUCCAUUAUGCCAAGGAUUCUGUGGGGCCAGAUGAGCCAUUUAACGAUUCUACCCACCCCAGGCAAGGUUAAGGUUUCCUAUGACCUUUUAUUUCCCUAACU